AUGUCAGACCCUAUAAAUGCUAACCCAACGGUUAUAGAUGUUUCAAACUUGCCUACGAGGUUCGAUGAUUCGGAAAUCCAGGAGAAAGAGGUGGCUAGAAAUACCGAAUUAGUGGAUAGAAUAUUAUCACUUUCUUUAUUGAAUCAAGGUAGUUUAACCCAUACUGAUACUGAAUUAAUGCCGGAUCUAGUUUCUGAUGUAGAAGCUGAUACAUCAUCCAUGGAAGAAGAAUUAUUAGAUGAAACCGAUGACCAAGAAGAAGAAGACGUAAUUGAUGCGCAAGAAAUAUUUGAUUUAAUUUCUACUAUUUCAGAUCCAGAACAUCCAUUAACAUUAGCGCAGUUGGCGGUGGUUAACUUGGUAGAUAUCAAAGUAACACAUGGAGCAAACAAACAUACUGAUAUCUCCGAGAUUUUGAUUAAAAUAACACCAACCAUUACACAUUGUUCAUUAGCGACUCUUAUUGGGUUGGGAAUCAGAGUGAGAUUAGAAAGAUGCCUCCCACCGCGCUUCCGGAUAAUCAUCCUUAUUAAAGAAGGCACUCAUCAAUCUGAGAACCAGGUGAACAAGCAGUUAAACGAUAAAGAAAGAGUUGCAGCUGCUUGCGAAAACGAUCAAUUAUUAAGUGUUAUCCUGCAAAUGUUAAGUACAUGCAAGUGA